CUUCAGACCACUCAGCGACGUGCAGGUGAAGUCUGACAGCGUCUAAAUACUCCGGUGUACGGUUCCCGAUUUUUCUGGGAGGAAUUAUCUCAUCGAGGAUUACAUCCUCAACCCUUUGUCUUGGAUCAUUAUCUGAUAGUUCGAUCAUGGCAGACCAUACUUACAAGAGUAUCAUGGCUGAGGAGCAGGCAGCAACGAAAUUUAUCAAACCUGGCAGCCACAAGGGCAAGGGGCUGGCUGUCUUCACCAGUGGUGGUGAUUCCCAGGGUAUGAAUGCAGCUGUUCGUGCAGUCGUGAGGAUGGGAAUAUAUCUGGGGUGCAAAGUAUUCUUCAUAAAAGAGGGUUACCAGGGGAUGGUGGACGGUGGAGAGCAUAUUGUCGAGGCAACUUGGUCCUCAGUGUCUUGCAUCAUCCACAGAGGAGGCACGGUAAUCGGUUCAGCUCGUUGCUCGGACUUCAGGGAACGCGAGGGCCGCAAGAAGGCAGCUAAAAACCUGGUCACCAGGGGAAUCUGCAAUUUGGUAGUGAUUGGAGGCGAUGGAUCCCUCACUGGAGCCAAUUUAUUCAAGGAGGAGUAUCCAAGUUUGCUUCAGGAUCUCGUUAAAGGAGGUGAUGUAACUGCUGAGCAAGCUGAGAAAUACAAGCACCUGCACAUAGUGGGCAUGGUGGGUUCAAUCGACAAUGAUUUCUGUGGUACAGACAUGACAAUAGGCACAGACUCUGCUCUGCACCGUAUCAUUGAGUCUAUCGAUGCCAUCGUCAGUACUGCCUACUCCCAUCAACGAACAUUCAUCAUGGAGGUCAUGGGUCGUCACUGCGGGUACUUGGGUAUUGUCGGCGCAUUAGCCGCCGAGGCGGACUACGUAUUCUUCCCAGAAAGUCCACCCCCAGUCGAUUGGCCCGAUAAACUAUGUAAAAAAUUGGAGCAGGAACGAUUGACCGGUCAACGUUUGAACAUCAUUAUCGUGGCUGAGGGCGCCGUAGACAGGAACGGCGAUCCCAUCACUGCGGAGAAGGUCCACAAGGUCGUGGUUGAUAAGUUACAGCAGGACACGAGGAUCACGGUUUUGGGUCAUGUCCAGAGAGGAGGAAAUCCCUCAGCUUUCGACCGAGUCCUGGGGUGUAGAAUGGGUGCUGAGGCUGUUAUGGCUCUGAUGGAGGCUACACCAGACACUGAAGCGUGUGUGGUGACUCUUGAUGGUAAUCAGGCUGUUAGGUUGCCCCUGAUGGAGUGUGUGAGACGUACUAAGGCUGUUGCUCAGGCAAUGGCAGAUAAAAAUUGGGAUUUGGCAGUUCAACUUCGUGGAAAAGGUUUUGCACGAAAUUUGGAAACGUACAAGAUGUUGACACGUCUGAAGGCACCGAUUGGAGCUCAAGAUGGAAAAGAGCAUCACGGUCACGUUUUAUCCAAGCAAUAUACAAUGUGUGGACAAGAUCACUACACCCUGGCAGUGAUGCACGUGGGCUCGCCGUCCUGUGGAAUGAACGCAGCAGUUAGAUCAUUCGUGAGGAACUGCAUUUACCGAGGAGACAAGGUAUACGGGAUCUGCGAUGGUGUGACAGGUCUAGCAGCAGGUCAACUGAAGCUGAUGGAUUGGCCCUCGGUGACUGGAUGGGUGGCCCAGGGUGGUGCCUAUCUGGGGACGAAACGAGCCCCCCCGAAGGAGGAACAACUGCCCCAGAUAGCAGCUAAACUCCGGGAAUUUGGAAUUCAAGCCCUUCUGAUCAUCGGAGGCUUCGAGGGCUACCAAACUGGACUGACAUUCACCGCUGCCAGGGAGAAGUACGAUGAAUUCAAAAUUCCAAUUGCCAUGAUACCAGCUACCAUCAGCAAUAAUGUCCCUGGAACCGAGUUCUCACUGGGUUGUGAUACAGCUCUGAAUGAGAUCACUGAAAUCUGCGACAGGAUUCGUCAGUCUGCCCAGGGAACGAAGAGGAGAGUCUUCAUUAUUGAGACCAUGGGGGGAUAUUGCGGAUAUCUAGCGACCCUAGCUGGCCUCGCUGGUGGUGCUGAUGCUGCCUACAUCUUCGAGGAGAAAUUCAACAUCAAGGAUUUAAAUCAAGACGUCAUUGCGAUGGCUGCUAAGAUGUCUGAGGGUGUCCAGCGAGGUUUGAUCCUCCGAAACGAGAACUGCAACUUGAAUUACAAUACUGACUUCAUGCAGAGAUUGUUCAGCGAGGAAGGAAAGGGUCUUUUCAGCUGCAGAUCCAACAUUAUCGGGCAUAUGCAGCAGGGUGGCUCGCCCACUCCCUUUGAUAGAAACUUGGGGACGAAAAUGGGGGCUAAAGCUGUCGAGUGGUUCAGCGAUCAGUUGAAGAAGUGUACGACACCCGAAGGGAAAACUCUAGCUACUACUCCUGAUACUGCUGUCAUGCUGGGCAUCAUCAAGAGACAGUACAGAUACACACCCUUCUGUGAGCUGAAUGACGUGACUGACUUUGAGCAUCGAAUCCCCACGUAUCAGUGGUGGAUCAAGCUUCGGCCACUGCUGAAGGUCCUCGCCAAGCACGAAUCCACGUACGAGGAGGAGGGGCUCUAUAUCACAGUCGAGGAAAUGGAACUUGAAGAUGAUCCGCUAGUUUAAAUAGGUAAAUUGUUGGGGGGGAGGUAAUUUAUGGUGAUUGUUGUGUACGUUUAGUGCUCGUGUGAUGCAGAAUAGGAGCACAUACGAGGAGAUUUCGUAAAAAAAAUGGCGAUUCUGUGGAAAAUUGGCAAAUGGAAUUCUGUUGAAUUAAAAAAAAACGAUAGAACUUUUUCUGGUCCACUAGAAUUUUCAAUGAAAUGUUUUCGUAGGUAAAUUAAUAAUGCACAGUAUUCAGAUGGGGCAUCACGGUAAUGAUGUAUCAAUUGUUAUCAUUUUUAGUAGAGGAUUACUUCUUUUUCUGAUGAUCAAAUAUCCCUUAGAGUAAUAAACGUAAUCAGUUCAUUUUUCAGUUGUUAAUUACGGAAUUUAUUUAAUAGACGAAUGCACAAUUUAUUAAAGUCCCUGGGGACUUCUCACGUUUGAUCCCACUAUCACUAAUACCCUUGGGACUUGUGGCUACGAUAUAUGUCCGGUUAUAAAUUUUUGUUCACCAAAUGUUUGUUUAAACUCUUACUCGAAACCUAUUGAAGGGCUACUUGGAGAAUAUACUCGUCUACCUCAAUUAAGGAGAUAAAUAAUUGAUGAAAAUCUGUUGGUAAACGAUGAAUUUCUGCCUAAAUGUCGAAGCUUGGAGAGUUCAGUGAUGCCAAGAGUUUUCAGAGGAAACACUUCGCUGCAUCAUGAACCACAAGCCAAAGGGUGAAUGAUAUUUUUAUUCUAAUCAUCCUCAAAAUUAAGUAAUUACAAUGACAAUAGAACUGUUACGAAAUAAUUGCGUUGAAUUUUUAAAACGAUUGAAAUUCAUGUACGUUGUAAGAAUAUUAUCUUCGUGUAGACGAUAAAUUUGAGAAAGUUUUUGGGAAUCAUCAAACCAGUGAUGACGUGACGAUUGACUCGUUGCACGAAUGAUAGAUAUGAAUUUACCGUAAUUUCAAUUAAGAAAAUAGAGAUAAUGUCAAGAACGUAAAGUACAUCACAGGUACGAGAAGAAAUGAAAAUAAUUACCAGGAGAUAAUAUAUAUUUUUGGCUCAUUGUUGAUCAAUGAUACUCGUUAGUCAUCGCAAAUAAUAGUAUUACUACGUCUACGGUAUUUAUUUCAUUUGGCAAAUUUUCUUUCAGGAUUAUUGUGGGUAAUAGAGGGGUUAGAGAGCGAUCAUGUCCAUUGAUUUAUGAUAAUCGUGUCUUCAUUGUUGAAUAAAGUAUGUCCUAUUCUGAUUUAUCAA